AUGACCCAGAUUCCGUUCUGGCACGCCAUGGCUUGUCUAAAGGAGGGGUCUGGUGCUCUCGGGGACAACCCGGUCAUCCGGAACCGCCAGAAGGGCCUGAAGAAGAAGGGCGCGAGCUUCUUCGUGUCGUCGCCGGGCGCAUUUGUCAGCUCGGAGUCCAGGGACGCGAGACUCUACGUGUCCAAGUGCGACAGGGAGAGCGUGCUGCAGAUGCAGAUGCCCCACGGCAUACCGUCCAUGGUGUGCGACAUCUCCGCGGGCAAGGUGAUGGUCACAAACCACGAGUGCAACGAGCUCUUCGAGUCGAACGAGCUCAACGGCCUGCUGGCGCACUACGAGAUCUUCAGCCUCAUCCACGAGGAGGACCGCGACCGGGUGUCCCAGACGCUCGCCUACCUGCUUGUGAGCGGGCACAUGCGAAUGUCCCCCGAGGAGUUCACGAUCGUCACCAUGCUGGGCAGCACGCGCCGCGUGAGGGCCGAAGGGUCCUGCCUCAUCGGCACUUGGUGGCAGUUGGACAUGUGCUUGAUCGGGGAGGGGGGGGCGGCAGGGUGUGAACUUCGGCCUGGGCGCCCCUGCGUGGCCGCUCGGAGUGAGGGCUGGCGCCGGGCUGCAGGGCGUGCCGCCGAGGCCGCGCCGUCCGAACAUUACACAUCGUACUUUCGGGAACUGGAACUCUAUCUCUCUCUCUCUCUGUUCCGCUCUCUCUCUCUCUCUGUCUCUGUGCGUGCGGCCACUGCAUAG